AACAUACUCGUUGCUUUCCAAAAUUUAGUGGCCAUCCAGGCUGUACAUCCAAAAUGACGAGUCCACGGAAAUUUGCGGAGAAAAUAGCCCUUCACAACCAAAAGCAGGCCGAAGAAACGGCUGCUUUUGAUCAGAUUAUGAAAGAGGUCUCAAAUGUAUCAAGGCCAACUCAGAGCCAUGUAGGACAUAAAUCGCACCAUUUACAGCUUGCUCCAACGUUAGGGGCCUACAGAGGAGGGUCAUUGCCCAACGUUAACCAAUUAGGAAAUAAUACUAUAGAUUUACAGAAUGCAUUACAUAGUUUAGAAGAUAUAAAAGCUGCAACAGGCAGGUCGCCGGUUGGUGAUAAUCGAGUAUACCGUUCACAUCAACGAAGUAGUAGUGGACACAGAUCACGGCACGACACAGCGCCAUACCAGACGCCAUACCUGUCACCACCAAGCGACACAAGCUGGAGAAGAACAAAUUCCGACUCUGCGCUGCACACGAGCGUGAUGGCGCCCAUCGAUCCAUUCCAGGGCCACGGAAGUAUGUCACCGGGCUCCCACAGAAGAGCUGAGAUGGUGAUGGAUCACUCAGGUAACACAUUGAAAACUCCUCUGUGGGAUACAAAGAAGAUGCAGCCCAGGCCCAGGUCUUGCGAGGUUCCCGGAAUAAAUAUUUGUCCGUCCUCAGACCAGACAGAGACGGAGCAGACCAGCGAUCCCAUUCCCAUCUCCAACAACACGGGCUCCCUGCCAGACCUCACCAACCUGCACAUCCCUUCACCGCUGCCCACCCCUCUGGAUCCAGAAGAUCAGCAGGUGUCGGGCUAUAACCAUGGCGGAGUGGGUAGCCCCAGUAACCUGUCCAGCAGUAUGCCCUCACCAACUCAUCUCAGUACGUCGCCUACCAAUCACACACAGGUGGUGGGUCAGCACAGUCCACAGAUUAGUCCACAAGUCAGCCCACAAAUGACGAGGCGGCCUAUGAGUAGUCCCAGCAGCCCCUUGGGGAUCCAUGCAACCAAUGAACAUCAACGGCGGCAACAUCAUCAACAACAACAACAACAGCAACAGCAGCAGCAACAACAACAACAACAUAGACAACAUCAGCAGCAGCAGCAGCAACAACAGCAGCAGCAGCAACAGCAGGCCCAGCAGGCGCAGCAGGCCCAACAACAACAGCAGCAGCAACAACAGCAUCAACAGCAGCAGCACUUCAUUAGGCAGGGUAUGGCUGUGGAUGCCUCAGCCAUGACACUGGAACAUCAGGCCCAUCAUCAGCAGUAUUCCCAGCAGAUGUACACGCAGGGCCAGCCCCAAGUAGGCCAGGCGACACCUAACCUCACGCUGGAUAUGUCAAAGGGAGGCCUGCAAUACCGGGAUGGCACGUGCGUGGUCAGUACGUCCUGUACAUCACCUACCUCGCCAGUCUCCAAUCCCCAAUACUCGCCCUCCCCUGCCCACUCCCCCUCGGCCACCUCGGUACCCCAGGGUUCCCCCAACAACAAGGCAGUCAGCGAUGCCUACUACCAGCAGCUGCAGCAUCAGUUUGAGCAGUGUAGUAUGCUAGCUCAACAGGAGGUAGGGUCCCCUACACACGGACAACAGAUCACUUACAAUCCGCAGGACCUCUACACUCAGAACCUAUCCAACCACCAGAUGAGCGAGGUGGACCAGGCGCUCUUCUUCCCCCAAGGAGCCUUCUACGGCCAGGCCUACAUGCAGGGCCUGACAGACACCCCCGACCUGUUCCAACCCAACAAACCGCCCCCGGCCUACCCCCACUCCCCCUUCAUGCAGUCCAGCGCCGGCAACAUCCCCAAUAUCAUCUUGACAGGUGGGUUGCCUGACGGAACUGGUGAAUCUCCACCCAGACAAGACUUUGCCAAAGAGAUCAGUAACGCCAUGGCCGGCGUAGACAAUUUUGACCCUCUCUUCUCGGCCGACAGCUUCAAGUUAGACCCGCUGGACCUGGACAGCCUGCAGAUGCUGACGGACAAUGACGUGGUGGCUGACCAGGCCACUGAAGAUUCAUUCCGACUGGAUAGGUUUGAUGCGUGAUAGGCCCGCUUGAUCAGCCCAGACAGUGUUUUUGGAGUUUUUCGUCUUCGGGGAAAGCUGGGAAAUAUAAAAAAAAGAUGGAGGUCAAGGUUGAUGAACGAUCAGAAAGUUGGAUUGAUUCACGUUUGCUGCAGUCUUAGAUUAAACCUCGUGCAAGACCAGAAUCAGUGACAUCGGUGGCCAGCCCAGCACGGGUCGUUGAUCACACUUGUGAAACAGGUCUUAGCAACCUUGGCAGUGGUCCCACAGGGAACACGCAAGUUCAGCCCAGGUGAUUUCAAGCUUUUGAGACAUACUUGAAACUUGGUUGACUUCAUACCACUUCCAGUUUGGAAGGUGAACUCUUAUGUGACAGGAAUGCUGCUGAAAGAAACUUCGGUGUUUUGUAAAAACUGGACUGGGCUCUGUGUUUGACUAGUGUCUCUUUCAGCAAGUUCUUGCAAGUGGUAAGGAUUUGUUCAUGAUGAACAGCUAAAGAUGAAGACAGUAGACCUGUUACUCUCUGACGGAGAACAUCCAGGAAGGUGAAUCUUCUACAGAGGGCAACAAAUAUUGCAUCUUUCUAAGAGUUUCACUCGGGAAUCGUCAAAGGAAGAAAAGAUAAAACUGCCUGUGGAGUUUUGGGAAUGAAAUGCUGAGGGAGAAACACGACAGUUAGGCUGCGAGAUUGAAUUAGAUAAACAUCCUGCAUCGAUGUCAUCAACAAGAUUCGGAGAAACUGACACAGACAUUUGUCAAGGCCGUUUCACAGAGAACAUACAUGGGAGUGUUGAAAGGAGAAGCUUCGGUAUAGGAAACAGGAGGAAGGUAAACACCUGCUUUUUUUCAAGAAAGGAUUCUGCAACGGCGACAUUCCUUGGAGUCUUGGUGUCCAGUGGUCUGCUUGGCAUCAGGAGGGAUUCCUACAACUUUCAACAACCUGAUUGUCACUCUGGAGAACAAGUGGAAGUCUAAACAAAAAUCAUUGCUUUAUAUUUAAAGAAAAGUGUAUCAAAAAGGUUGCAGUUUCGAUAAUGCAUUGCCAGAUUUUUUUUGUGAUGUGUUCAUUCCAGGUUUAACCAACACACUGUUUCUCUUUGUAUAUGCGUUGUUCCCCAGUUGUUGUGUCCCUUUUUUUGAGUCGCACGCCCUUCAUCACAUCCAGUAGCUGGUGGUUUGGUAAAGCAAUGAAGUCUGGUCUCCCAGAGUCCUCAAAAUACUACUUGUGCUGAGAAAUGCUUUUUACACUUGAUUGUGCUUAGGCACCAGUCUACAAGUGCAGCCCAAACUACUUGUAUUGGAUGUGGUAAUGGCUUAAAUGUAGGUAAUUGGACCAGGGCCCAAUGUCACCAAAUGUCAGCAAUUUUAAAUUGCAUUGUAGCUUAACUCUAACCGUGCUCAAAUCAACACGAUUCUGCAUAAUUCAAAUGAACCAUAAGGGUAGGGUUAAGUUAAAAUCAUUUCUGGUCCCAACCAUGCUGAAUUUCAACCAAUUUUGAUGGCAUACAAAUGGGGAGAAAAUGCAGGAAAAAUAACCCGUGCAUGGUUUUUCUGUGUUUUUUUGUUAUUGUUUCGUUGCACAGUUUUGGAAAAGGUUGUUACAACCUCUCAAAAUACAGCUGGGUUAUGUUCCAAAUUUUAUAA